AUUUAUUAAAUUAAACGCACCCUUGGAUUGGUUUCCUUCCGUAGUAUGGUUUCACUAAACCCAAUCCCCAACUCUCGAGAUAUGAUCGUGACCUCGUCGGGACAAGCCGGAACUGGUUAAUACCAUGCCCCCAACGAGUAAAUCUACUAUUCUUGCUUAUUACUGGCUGGCACAAGUAUUAAUGGAAUUCAUCGCGCAAUUCAUCCACAUGUGGUAUAACCGUCAGACAAGCGCAUUGUACAAACGAGCCUGAAGGUGAACAGACGUGUCUUGUGUAUUGGACGAACUACGACACGAAAAUCGAAAAGCACCCCGACGACUGAUUCUUAUAAACAGAAGAUGAACCACAAGCAAGAUUUUCACUGAUUAAUCAACUUUGACAUGUUUGCGAACGAUAUUGGGCAAGAAUAAUAUUAUUAAAUAUUUCAUAACCUUGUACUCUACGCGCAUUCCUAAACACCGCGUCUUUGUGUGUUAACGUGUUUGUAGCGAGAUGACUAAAGAGAGCGCAAUUGACAAUGAUUUUGGGAACACCGGUUCCGCAGAUGUGAACAUGAAUGCAACAUACGAAAAUAUAAAGGAUUUGAAUAACAAGGUACGCAGUUGGUCUGUUGGGAGCGAAGCGGAGUAUGUCGAAUUCAUAGUCUGUGAAGGAUCCCCCAUCCCAAACGAACAGCAAACGACUCAUUAUGCUGAGAUUCAUAGAAGAAAGCCUGCUGAAGAAUCGCCUGCCAAACGUGCUAAAUCACAUGCCAAAAGUACUAAAUCUCAUGCCAAAAGUACUAAAUCGCCCGCCAAAAGUACCGAAUCGCUACCCAGAAAAACGCGAGAAUCGGACAACCCUAUUUUACGCGGUUCUCAUAACAAUGAUAUAAAGUCUGAUGAUAGUAAAGAUAAUUGUCGACCAAGGGUUACCCAAGACGAUUCUGCGUUGUAUGAAAACACGCGCACGGCGAAACACGUACUCGCGUGUGGCAGGGAAAACUCACGAAAUGGGCAUGAUAGCCUAUCCGACUCAGAACUUGUUGUACAACAACAACAACAAAAUAUCGACCCAGAAAUUGGUUGUCAACAUACUUCGGAUGUUUUUAACACUUAUCAUGUUUAUGAGAAUUUUGAGGACAGAAUGAAAUCAAGAAUGAGUAUAAAAUCAACCACCUCGAACGAAACUUCAGAAACUGAAUCACUCUACGAAGAUCUGGAUAUCGUGUAUGAAGAAAUGUCACCACCCUCGCAACAAAGACCCAUUUCGAAACCAAUAGACAUUGUGUAUACUUCAAUCGAUUUUGGGCGACGUACAAACCCAUCACCUGUUUCUGUUGGGUCUUGUAGCAACUCUAGCUCUUUGGGCAGCUUAGAGAGACCAGAAUUGCGAAGAUCUACAUCGUAUAGUUGUGGGAACGUACCCCUUGCCGUGGGGAAACCGCCAGAACUACCACAAAGGGGGAGUGGGAGUUUCACAAAGAGGUCCAGGCCUCGAAGUUUACACUUGGGCAAUCCAGAGGGCACUCAAAACGCAGAUUUUGGGCUAGGCCUGUACACAGGGACAUUAGUAGGAAGUUGUAUUAUAACCAAAACAAGCCCAAAAUCAAUUCAAAAAGUUAUCGGUGAUUAUUUAGCGCGGGAAAAGAAGGAACAGUCUAAACCUGUAAGCUUUCAGGUUACAAGCGAGUUUCUUUGCCUCAGUUAUAACUGCGCGCCCUGGUGGCUGCUCGCAAAGAAUAGCGUGGAUGACAUUGGCUGCAUCACAACAUACAGUGCAAAUAACAAGACAGCACUUGGGUAUACCAUUAGUAAACCUGGCGACGAUACGCGGCUGUUUGUUAUACAUUGUUCAGACGCUGAUCAAAUUAAAGAGGCCAUCGUAAAGAUCUUCAAGCGACCUGCCACCACAAAUUCGGUAAGUGACAUCUCAUAAAUUUGCUAUUAUAUAUAGUACACUUUAUAAUGCACGUUCAAACUAGCUCAGCAUGCUGGUUCAACGUCGUUCAACCUGAUUAUUUGAAUGCAACAUUGUUGAGUCGGUUUGAACACUAUGUUGUAAUGUUGAAUCUAUUCAGUAUUUUCAUCUAACACCAUUCUUCGGAGUAAAUUGCGAUAUUUUUGAAAAUUACCUUAAAUAGCGCGCUAACCGUAAUAGUAUCAUAAUUAGCUCGCAUAUUUCACAUUGCUCUACGCUGUACUUGAGCAUUUAUUUACAACAAAUGUUUACAGUUUCCAAGCUUGAGAUGUUUAGGUUACCUCUCUCCGAACAAAGUCGAAGUUUCAAUUUGGGGAAAGAAAUAUAGUCUAAACACUAUAAACCAAAUUAAAACAAUUUUGAAAUUUGAUAUAGUUUCCCCCAUCGAUAGUUUUAUCUGCCUGUAUUUACUUUAUUAAUGUACAACAGUACAAGUUUUUUCGUGACAAGAAAGUUGUGUACUGAUGUCAAAUAAAGCACAUGGUUUAAAAUAGGAAUAAACGUUUGACGCAAUAUUCUAUGCCAUGUACUUUAUAUAGGAGUACAAAGAGGAAAUCUAAAUGUCCAAAUACGAAUUAUAAGACUGAAAAAUAAUGCCAACGGGUCAACAUGCUUAAGAAUUCCAAUUUGUUUAUAUCUUAAGAGAUUAAGCUGUUUCGUCAAUUAACUUCUUAAUCAAGUACCAAGUAAACAAGAAUUAAACUAUCUUUACAUUGAUAUCGAGUAAAAAUUAGCAACAGAUUUGUUUUUUGCGCGUUUUUUCAACAUAAAAGAUUGCGCAUAAAGUGUUUGGUCUAGUCUAAAAAUUAUCGAUAAGCAAUCAGUGAAGUAGCCACCACACACGAUGGUAUAGCAAAGCAAAUAUACUAUACAACAUUCUAUUUACAAUGUAGUGAUUGAAAUAGGUCUUUAAGUAUUUUCACCAUGGCAAUAAGCCGCAAUAUAGACAUAUAUAGAACCAUAAUAGUACCAUAGUACCAUAGCGGAACCAAUACACCACAGAACCAUGGAACCAUUAUAAGUACUAUGCAGCAUUAUAAUAGCAUAUAGGACCAAAGGACCAUGUAGCAUCAUAACACCAUAAGCACAAUGGAACCAUAGUACCAUAUAGCAACUAUAUAAUAGUACCAUAGUCAAACCAUAUAUAGUUAAAACAAAUUUUAACAUAUAAUUUAUAGUCAAGGUACAUUUAUACACUAUAUAGUUAUUAUUGUUAUUUUUGCUUGAGUGAACACAACCAUUGAACUAAACUAGCAUGAUGUAGUCUGAUUUAUAACCAUUAUAUGGCAAAAUUGGGUUCAUUCCCUUGACAAAUGUUUAUACUCUUUAAUAGAUCAUAAUUGUAUUUGAGUUUUGUUUCACGCCAUGACAUCACACAUACAGUGCUCUAUUCAGAGUAUUUUUUAGCACAGCCAAAGGAAGGUGAAACAGGGAUUAAACAGUUCAAGAAUUUCACAAGAUAUCUGCCAAAUGACUUAAGCAGACAGUUAUAAUAUGAUACAGAUUAAUAUAAUCAUACACUAUACAUGCAUAAAAUUGCCAAGUAUUUCCUUUAAUAAGACUUUAAUCCAUUAAUCUUCAUUUCGUAAAAAUACUACUGCCAAAAAUUAUUUUCAAUACACUGGCCGACCUAUCUGCCUUUUCGUGUUGAAAAUAUGUAAUUUCAUGUAGAACUUAAUAUUAUGGGCAGUUUCAGUAAAAUUUUGGUUAUAUAUCAUUAAAUCUUUGACCUUCUCAAAACUGAUUCAUUAACUUUUAUUUAGUAAAACUGCUCCUGCCAAAACAUAUUUAAUGCAAACAGGUCAAAACUAAUGAUGCUUUUCUCAGGCACUCAUCCUUUUCAUUACUUAUAGCAGUAUGUGGCGGAAAUUUUAUUGGGGUGCAGGGCCCCACCAUUAUGGAAAAUGGAUGAUCAGUCAAAGUUUUAUCAGUCCUGGAAAAAGGAUUAGAUUGAGUAUUACAUGGGGGGUUUGUCCGAAGCCAUUGAGACUUAGUAAAAAAAAACUGCCAGUUGAGCUGAACGAAAGAUAUGCCUUGUCCUGUUGAAAAUCUGCAAUUUCAUGUAGAACUCCACAUAUUAGUAUAAUUGACAAAGAAUUUAUCUAGCCCGUUUUUAAAAAGUCCUAUCUAGGAUACGUUCAACUCUUGUUCAUUCCAGGACAAACAUAUUUUAUUUUUUGUUGGCUUUUUAAAUUCAAACGACAGAUGGUUGUUUGUACGUAUUAAAACAAUCAACCAUUUCAGCGCGUUUUAGAGUCGAGACUCAAACGGAAGCGAAUGCCUUCGUUCGUGUCAUUUUAUGAAAACGUUUUCUCAUUCACUUGUUAUUACAAGCCUUGCAAAAACGUCACUUGACACGGAUUGCACGAGUAAUGGUUAAAUAUUUGCGCAUUUUUCCAGGGAGUAGCAUUAAAAUAACAUAAUUAUUACUUGAAAUCAAACACCUGACAUACUUCGCAAGAAUUUCAUGACCUUUUCUCCAGAAUCCAAGGUUGGGAAGGUCAGCAUUGGCCAAUCUAGAAAGUUCAACAAAAAUGUUUCUAUUUUAAAAUAUUAAAACAAUAUAUACUAAGCUAUAUAUCAUAAGUGACUUUAUAUAUGCUCAGUUCUACAAUGCAUGCAAUCUCGCUACAGAGUUCUGGCCCUGGUGUUUGGUGUGGUAGUAUAGAAUAGUAGGUUAUGGAAGAGUAUGGCAUGGUACGGCAUAGUUCUGUAUGGUAUAUAUGGUAUGGUAUGUUUUGGAGUACCAUGAGAAGAUCAUUAAACUGGAAGCGCUCUUUCAACACGUGACUGAGGAAAUAAAACCGUAGUCACGUGCAAACGGUGAAAGGCACACCACUCUACCAUCAACGGUCCGAAGCUGCGCAAAAUGCGGUGGUUGCUGUUGCUACAGGUGGUUUGUGGUAAAAACGGAUGCUAAAAAUUUGCGGCCACUUACAAAUUAGAAAUUUAUGUGAUAAGCGAAUUGGAAAGUUUUGAGGAUGUUUUGAACAAAAAUUUCAUUUUCUGUUUUAUAAAUCGAUAAUUUCAUACUGGGGAAAGAGAACAACAGGAAGAUUAUUAUGUAUAACCACGCAUGUCACUCCAAUGGUAGACCGCAAGAAAACAUGCGCUAGUUGACAUUUUGCCAGAGACUUUUAAUUUGUUGUUUACUGUCGUUUUGCAGUAUAUGGCUAAAUUUAAACUACUGCACCUUAAACAAAACCACAUGUGAAUAUUUUCCCUCUUGUGUGCUAGCCAGCUAAUUCAGAGUAUCCACUGCGCAUCGAUAUGAAGUGUUCUGCGUCGGGAGUAGUUGAAUCAUAACAUUGUCGCCUGCGAACAGGCGUUUAUUCAGGUGGGGCCUAUCUGAAUAAACGCCUGUUCACAGGCUAUAUAACAUGUAGGUGAGACUGGAAGUAUUAGACUAUGCAUAUCAAAAUAUUCAACUGUUCAAACAUCAUUUGAAUAUGCAAACAGUUGCUCAAAAAAACCCAAUUAGUUUGUACCGUUUUCGUUUAAACACUUUCCCAUCGGCAAGUUAUAAUAUAAGUCUGGCGGUGCAUUGUGGUUGAAUAGGUAUAUAAUGAUGCCCCAAAACUUCUCAAAUUACCGAUGGUAUAAUAAUGUUCAGUGUAAAAUAAUUGUAACAAUUUAGAAAUUAAUAGAAUACGAUCAUUUUGGCAUAGCGUGUCGGCAAAAUAAAUAUCCUUAGGGUGGAGAGCCAACAACGGAAAUUUGUAAUCGAGUGCCAUAUUGGUUAUACUUCCUGGCUCUAGUGAUCAAUAUGUACAAUCUGUCUCAGUAAGUUAAUAUGUUUUAAAUGUUGCUUAAUCCGAGAUUUCUCCCACCCAGGAAAUUAACAAAAAAUGUAAAGGUCAUUUUCAUUUAUAUAUCCAACGUGGAAGGAAAAACGGAAAAGGAUUAGUCGGGUUAAAAGUAAAAAACCAUCAAGAAUUGUCUGUGAAAUCUGACAUAGUACUACAGUGCGGUGGUCCGGGAGCAUGCGCAAAAUAAGUGCACCACAAGCACGAAGGCAUAUAUAUGAACAGACUAACAGCCAGAUAAACUAACAAACAGUUUGUUAGUUUGUCAAACUAACAGACUAACAAACUAACAGACUAACAGACUAAUAGACUAACAGACCUCUGCUAACAGAAUAACAAACUAACAGACUAACAGACCUCUGCUAACAGCCUAACAAACUAACAGCCUAACAAAUUAACAGCCUAACAAACAGUUUGUUAGUUUGUCAAACUAACAGAAUAACAAACUAAUAGACUAACAGACUAAUACAGUAAUGGACUACCAAACUAACAGCCUAACACAGUAACAGCCUAACACAGUAACAGCCUAACACAGUAACAGCCUAACACAGUAACAGCCUAACACAGUAACAGCCUAACACAGUAACAGCCUAACACAGUAACAGCCUAACACAGUAACAGACUAACAAACUAACAGACUAGCAAACUCGCGCAACAAAUAUAAAGCGAUGUCUCAAACUUGGUUUGUGCACCGCAAUUAUCAAAGUAAGUAAAAUAAAUAUAUUUCUUCGUCUACAUAAACAUGAUAAAGCACAAACACGGAAAGUUUGAAAUCACUUUCGAUUUCAGUUUGCUUUCGAAAUUUCGGCUCGACGUAUCAGGUUUUGGCAUGUUUCUAUUUAAUAGACUUGCAUACAAAGUUCGCAGGCUUGCCUGUGAUUGGAUAGCUACAUUUCGAAGUUUCGAUAUAUACCGAUCAUUAUAUGACUUCAAACUACAUAAGCCGUUUCCUAAAACACGAACAGGAGUAAGACACAUUUCGACUGGGGAAACUGAGUCAAAAGUGUUUUGUGGAUUAACUAAAGCAUUUUCUCGUCUUCUGAGUUCUGUGAUAGUGUGAUGUACUUAAUUAAGUUGAUCUGCAAAAAUUUGGUCUUUCGCAACUUAGAAAGGAUAUUUAGACUAGCUCGGAAUAAAUUUUUCCUAGUGUUAUAAUUAUCGUCCAAAAGACAUAAUUCAGUCUAGCAAUUGUGCAUGUUGGCUAAUGACACUUGUACUUGCCAUUGAUGUCUUAUGUCUGUCGUCUGAUCUGGGAGUUUUGUCCUUGAAUUUGUAACCCUAAUUUUUUUGUUGGAAUAAAAAAUGCUGGAAUAAAAAAAACGUGAUGAGGACGCAAUAUAUGUUAAUUAUACCAUUAUUAUAGUAACAGCAUAACAUCUCAAAAUAGUGCAUGAGUCUUUAGAUGCGAGAGGUGACCUUCAAGGGGACAUAUUAAAUUUAGCCUGACCUUUAAAUUAAUUAUAAAAUCUCUAAAUCCCAGUCUCGUUUACUUAGACUCCCCUAAGGCAAAAAAAUCAAUCUAAGUCAAUAGAGAAAGUGGUAAUCGUGUAACGUAAUAAAACCGUUUCCUUUCUGCGGAAAUUUGUAGCGAGAUUGUCUUGAUUAAGUUUUUUUUCGAUUCUCAUAAAGUCGUUAUAAGAAGCUCUGUGUCGUAGUUUACAUGUGCAAGUUAUUUUUGUUCAAUAUGCCUGUUUUCCACGUCAACCGUAUCGCCCCGUAGAUUUUUCUUUGGUGUCGAAGUCCUUAGUUCCACCUAGACCUAGUGCUGAAGAACAAAAAAUUACGCUAUCUUGCGCAUACGAUUAAAGUAGAAAACAGGUUUUACGAUAUAUACCCUGAGGUAACAAUGCAGGAUGGUUUACACUUUGCAUAUUUUCUGCGCAUAAUUCUAAUAGUUGACAUAUAUAUAUAUAUCACUAUAUAUGCCGAUAUACAUCAUCUUUUAGAUUGAAUUUUGGAAGCUAAUUAUAGCUGUGUAACAAUCUAGAACACAUUAAAAUUGGUUAGAGUUAGUUAAUAAUGUUGCAUAUUUAUCCAACUAUUUAGAGAUAUUUUAUGGUCUGCAUGCAUGAUUGCGUUUUAGCUACUAUAAGCCACUUGGUACAUGCCGUGGGACAAACUAGUUAUGUAACCAACAGUGUAUAUAACCAUUAAAAAGUGUGACUACCACCCUACGUGCUUGGACUGCUUACUAAAAUUACAAAGGUCAUGCAAGAAGUCAGUUGAAUGUAAAUAAGAUUAUACAAUGUGUUCAGACACAUUCCAAAAUGAAUGGACUAAAAAUAAUGACAUGUUUGAACUAGUGCUUUAGCGAAAAUCGUACAAUUACAUAAAUAAAUUUUCUCAGAGACGACUUCCGACAAUUCAUCCGUUUCAUCUCCGAUAAUCGAUAUCCUUCGCGUGCAGCCAUCACAGUCCUUUGAAAUUGGCUUAGCCAUCCCAACGUAAUCAAAUUACGAUACAUGUAGUGUGUGUCACAGGUUCUGAUUUCAAAUUGCGAACUUUAACUUUGAAAACAAAAUUAUAAUUUUGAGAGCAUAUUUCAUGAGCAUUUGUAUGUGUGUGUGUGUGUUAGCAAGAUAAAGAUUAAUUCGCUGGCCCAAAGUAUGGGGUCUCAGAGUGCUAUAGUUCAUGAUAUAUUUAAUAUUUGUAACUAUAAUUAGGUUUUUGUUGUUAAUUUUAAUUAAAAGGCUUUUCAUUUUUUGACUUGCAAACUGAUAUCAGUUUUGUGAAACGCCUGUUUGCGGGUGAUUUAUGUCACCUUGCCCUUGGCUAGGUUUCUACGAAUAACGCAAAGCAUAAUCCUUUGAAGUGGCUUCAGUCAUCCGGAAAUCGAUACUUGUCACUUGUGUUACCAAAUCACAAUAAAUAUAGCAUAAUGAUGUGUCAUCCGAAUAUCGACCUUGACUUAUUCGGAAGACUGAACGCAAUAGGAAGUUAUAUCGCAUCUGAAACCGAUUAAUGAAUUAAAAAUGAAUGAAAUACCUGGGUUCAUGUUUUUUUUUCAAAGUUUUAUUUAACUUGCAUUUAACCUUGACUGAUAGGCGGCAGAAUGAAAAUUUAUCUGUAAAAUUUAACAAGUAAAUGAUUGUGUAAAUUUAUCGCUCCUGUCCAAAAAGGGCGGCGGGGGAAACGCGUUCUCCAAUUCCCCCAAGAUGGUCGCCCUUAUUUCAAAUAAACGUAUACAGGGUGUUUAAAAAAAAAACUGAACAGAUUUGAAAUUGCUCUCAAUUUCGCAAAACAGCCAUUAGUAUCCAAUUUUUGAUGUAUAUAGUGUCUUUGGGUACUUAUAAUGUAGAAUAAUGAAAAAUAUUUCUCGAAUACAAAUUUUGUGAACCAGGGGUGUGUGUCUUUUCCUACAAACUAAAAAUGGCUUGCGCACGAAAUUUAAAAGCUUUAAUCAUAUUUUGAGUUAACAGAUGGAAAAUUUGUUAAACUAAAGCAAUUUGUCUGAAAUUUUGGACAGUAAUUAAAAACCCAACAAAUUGUCCAUCUAUUAGCUUAAAAUAUGAUUCAUGUUUUUAACUUUCGUGCGCAAGCCAUUUUUAGUUUGUUGGAAAAGACAACCCCCCCCCCCCCUGGUUCACAAAAUUUGAGUUCGAGAAUUUUUUUCAUAUUCUACAUUAUAAGUACCCAAAGAAGCAAUAUAUAUCAAAAACUGGAUACUAAUAGUUGUUUUGCUAAAUUGAGAGCAAAUUCAAAUCUGUUCAGUUUUUUUUAUAUACACCCUGUAGAGUAUAGACGAUAGACUAUACAGUACAGUGUAUAAAGAAACUUCUGCAGUAAUCCAAUUUAGUUUAUAUUAUCAAGGAACUAACAAAACAAGACCUACUGGGAUUUUCUCACAUCUCUUGGGGCGAUAAGUAUAUUUAAUGGUCGGCUCACUAGGUCUAUGACGUCAGAACUUUGCAACUGUUCAUCGCAAAAACUUUAAUUAGGUAGAUACAAGAACUUCUCCUCUUGAACAAUAUUGCUGACGUCAGCAUAUUUUCAAAGGCCGUUUUCGUGUAAGCAUAGACAAUCCAGAAGACAAGAUCAUUUCAUGUCUUCUGGAUCAUUUCAUGUCUUCAUGUCUUCUGGAUUAUCUAUGGUGUAAGUUAUGUUAAUGUUAUGUUAGACUUGGUUUUAAAAUGCUUGGUUAAGAUCAAGAAAUGGUCCUAACAAUGAGAUGGGGUUUUUUUUGUAGAUGGAAAUUUGCGAGUGUAAAUUUUAUACAUUUAUCACACCUAACCAGGAACAGUUGUGAAAAAUGCAACUUUAGAAAUGCAACUUUUAUAGGCCCUCCGACAGGAGUCGAACCUGCGAUUCUGGUAAAGCGCUAUGACCACCUGAGCUACAGAGUCCACUUGUAGAGCAUUGACCACAAGUUCAAUCUUAAACAUUGAAAUUCGGAUUUAUUUGAGUAAUUGGUUUUCAGCCACCAUGUUGGUGUAUAUAUAGAAUUGCGCAGAAUUUGUAUCUACGCGUGUGCGGUAUGGUCCAAUUCUGGCCUACAUUGCGCCAUCGCCAUAUUUCACAUAUUUCUAAAAUCCCCAAAUUCCCGAUAUCCUACAGACAGAGAUUUGAUCAUAUGCUAAAUGCAUCCUAAUUUUUCAAUUCCAGCUUUCCAGAUGGUCGUCCAUGGGCGUGCUGAGCACACCAAGGUCGGGCAAUUCAAGGUCACUUCCGCGCAUGAGCACAUCAAGAAGCAAGCGAAGGAGCGAACUCGCCAGCUUUGACGAACUGGUUUACCUGGGUUCACACAAGGUGAAGAAAUCCUUUCUGGUUGUCAAUGACAACAUCAGUUCAGUGUUGGACCACACGGACUCGAAGGAGUACACCGUAGCUAAAAUUGAACUGUAUAAAGAUGCCAUUCACCUCAAGGACAGCAAACAGGACCGUUUGCUGGAUAUUCAUCAACUAGAAUGGAUACUCUCCAUGGGCCUUUUCGACGAGGAUCGGCGCUACUUCGGCUAUAUAUCGUCCAAAGCGUUUCAGGGCAGCAAGACUAGGACAUCAUGUCACGUGUUUCGCUGUGACCGCGUCGGAUUGGCUAGUCAGAUCAUGGAAACCAUCAGGCAGUCUUGUCAGGAUACCUACUUAGCCCGCACGUCUGAUUAUCCACCCACCUUUCGUACCAGGACUAACUCGAGUACCUCGACCAGCUCAGAGGGGUCGAUGAGUUCAAACUCAGAAACCAUGAGCCAAGGUUCAACGGUAUGUAAAGUAUUUUAGAAGUCGAUAUAUGUAACGCCCCCUGUUUCUCAUUGAGAAUAGCAGUUGUCGCAACGUCCCCCCCCCCCCGAAAUUGUCAACAUUUGUAAAGACACAGCAACAUUUAAACUCUGGAUAAAGCAUUUUGACUUGCUUUAAUGCAAAAUGUUUAAAAUCUAUAAUCUGAUUCAAUUUGGGAUCAUGCAAGUGUGUCCACCUAGAAUUGACGACUGUUUAACAUAGGGCGUCUCCCCAAAGGAAAAUCUCCGUAAGUAGUGGUUAGACUUGUAUUCGAUUAGUAAUCUAUCAUUUAUGCUUUCUUAAUAGAGUUCGAGCCCAGCAGAUGUAGAUCGGUGCCAAACUCUCCCAGCACGCAUGCGUAAAAGACCAGGCCGCUUCCUCCCGAAACGACUAAGCAGAAAUCGUAUGAGCACCAUUCAAUCUUUCACUGAAGAAAAUGACACGGGAAUUGACACCCUCGGGGAAGAAACCGCAUCAGAGACAAGAGAAACGGAAGGAAAACCCCAAACGACACAAAGUGUACCGGAUAAAGUCCCCCGACCACUUGAAAGAGCAAACCAACCACCGGAAGUUCCCAAAGUACCUGAAGAAAAAACCCACUCCGAGAAGUGUACAUCGGAAGAAAAACCCCAGCCAGCGAAAUAUGCACCAGACGAAAAACGCCAGCCUGAAAUCCUCCAAGAAAGUUCAGAAAAACGGUUCAAUGUUUUCUACCUCGUCUCGACAAUAGUUAGUCCACCUUUGAAGCCAAAACAUGUCAAAGAAUGUCUUAAACAGUAUCAGAAAAGCGUGGACAAAGCUAUGAAGAAGUCCGCCGACAACGGUCAACAUUAUAAGAAAGCUCAACUAGUGCUCAGUCCUAGAGGCGUGAUGAUGAUGGACGAACAGACCCAUACCCCGCAAGCGUGUUAUGAACGCGCGGCCAUUUCCGGUGUUCAAAGUCAUCCAGACGGAAAGUGCGCCUUCGCUUUCACCACGGUGGUCAGCGGUAACACAAAACACAAGUGUCAUCUGUUCUUGCAAGAUACGGACCCUAUUGGCGCCAUCAUUAAAGAAAUACAAACAUACAUUUUGUGAUAAGACAUUUGAGAUUUUGGGUUAAUCAUGGGAAAUUCUUGCAACGGUAUGCACCUUACUUGUAUUUAGAUUCGUGUGGUAUUCAUUAUCGCUAAAGUUGUGUUAAUUUUGCCAAUCCUGAAACGGAAUAAAACUGGAAAAUACAAUGUUUUCUGAC